AUGAUGGAGGACAAGCCAACACCAUCUUCUCUCGGGGACAUCGACGCUACAGUACCUACAUCUAUUCCAGAAACUAUAGCACCCCUCAGUGUGCGCUCUGACACAGAUUCUGUUUCGCACUCUCAUACCGCUAUUCACCAUGUUCAUUCCGACUCACUCCUUCAGCCGCAUUUAACCUCAGGCGGCCCAACGUCCAUGGAAACGAUCCAGCCCAGCGCGUUAACUUUCGAGGGCUCCGAUCAAGCUCCCCCAGGAUCAGUUCGCCUUGGGCCGUCUGAGUUCGCUGUGACUCUGCCCAUGGAUUCCCGAGUGAAAGAUGAUUAUGACCGCAUUUUGACGGACUCCGCUGCUAUUACAAGGGAGUUCCUCGAAAGCUUCUCCACUGCUGGCCAGUGCUCAGAUUUCAAGGCAGAGUAUCCUUUGUCCAAGAUAUAUGAAGUCAUAACGAAAUUGAACAAUGUGUCUACUCAUCCAGAUCUGAAUAUCACGCAGCAUUUGUCAUACGAGGACUCAACAAUUGCCCGGGAGGCCGAAUGGGCUGAAUAUUCGAGCGCCAAAUUCCGUUUUCUUGGAUGGUUAAUACGGGUGGGUGGCCAGCGCGACCUCCAUAUAGUUCUGGGGGUUCAAGGCGAGGAAAAACGGAAAGUUCUUGAACGUUACUUGCUUGGCAAAGGAUUUACCUAUACCAAGCCGCGCGAAGAGCUGGGGGCUAGCUUGGAAGUUUCCCUAGUGAAUGGAUCUCUAAGCUUCGCUAUCCAUUCGCACGAUAGUGUACUAGAGGCAUUCAAACCACCGUCCGCCAUUCUCGCUCUGGACACGGCAUACAACCUCGAGAGUCCUUCGGUACAACAUAUUCGAACGACUUACACUCGGAAUGGCGGCCUUCUCCCUGUCAUCCGGCUUCUCGUCUCCAAUGCAUGCGAACACAUUGAACGCUGUCUGCCUGACUUACCGGAGCCCGAACGCUUGCGUCUUCUCAUGCAAUACAUUGAUUUCUUCCAUGACGAAGUCGGUGAUCUCCAGGAAGAUGCGCUCAAUGUGUGCGAAGAUGCCGAGGAAAUUCUUGGAUUUUUCUCAGACAGCUUUGCCAGCUGGCCUCUCCCAACCAUUGAGCCUCUGCACUUUGCCUCUAUUGACGACUUAGAGUCGUCAACUCCUUCCUCCGAGGAGCCAAUACCGGGUACUCAGAAACGUUCACUGCACGAUGAAGAAGAGGAAGCUGAAGAUUACACCGUGAAACGUGCAAGGGUCGAAACCCAAGAUACCAGCCAAAUGACCCAAUCAACCAAGCCACCCAGUCAAACUUUGGACCGUGAUCUGCAAUCUCUGGAGAAGAGCCUCCUCCAGAUGAAAAGCAUACAUACGACGGAAAAGGAACAACUGCAGAAGGUACUAUCACAGACCCAGGCUCGCUUGCGAGAAUUCGAGACCGCCAUGGGUAUUUUGCAACAUCGCUACGAAAGCCGAACCAAAGAACUGCAUCUGACUCGCCAAGAACGUGAUCGUCUAGCGGAAAGCAAGACGUCCCUGGAACAACGCGUUGAGAAACUGAGAGAGGAAGUUCUCAAGCUGAAAGAAGAACGCUCACAGCUGAAGGAUACGCUCGAGCAAGCACGGCAGGAGCUCAAAUCUGCGGGAGGUUCUCUAGCUGAACUAGAGACAGCUCGUGAAGAAAUUCGCCGCCUGGCUAAGGAGAGUGCGAGUCUUGAACGCAAGGCAGAAUACGAGAAGAAUCAAGCAGAGUACACUCGAGAGCAGUACCAGACCGCGUCCACGGUGGCCGCACAGGCUGGGAAUGAGCUUCGUCAGGUUCGGGAUGAAAACGAGGCCUUGACUCGAAAGGUUCAGGGUAACGCCGUCCAGCUUCGGGAGAUGAAUAUCAAGAAUGACUCGAUUCGCCACUUCGCACGGAUCACCGAGCUGGAAUUGAUACUAGCAUCUCGAGAUGACCUGCUACGGAAGAAGGAAGAUGAGCUGCGGGAGAUCCGCAAGAACCGACCGUCGACUCGGUCGACAAGCACACAGCCCCGAAGUCCUAAGUGGGCUUCUGGUAGCCGUCCAACAAGCCCCGGUGUUGGCCACAAUGGUAAUGGUAAUGGCCUUGCCGGCCGGGGCAGUGCCCUGCGGUUCAGCUCAGAGAUGCCUUUCUAG